AUGAGUUCAAGCACUUCGCAAAAACCGAGCCAUAUCCUCUUCGUCGGCGCAGGCGCGGUCGGGUGUUUCUACGCUUCCCGUCUUCAUCAUCCGUCUCAUAAUGUUUAUACUUCACUCACAGCGAGGUCAAAUUACUCUGUCAUAGAAUCCUCGGGGGUGACUCUUCAGACGCAUACCUUUGGCGACUACACAUUUAAGCCUCAUGCCGUCUUUCGGUCCGUACAAGCCGCGGUGCCGAAUACGCAAGGCACAUCCAAGGCACCUCAGGACGGGUGGGACUACAUCAUUGUAACAACAAAGGCAUUGCCAGAUCAUUCCGAUGACUCUGAGCUCAUUGCACCAAUUGUGUCGCCGAACUCAUGCAUAGUGCUCAUUCAGAAUGGUGUCGGCGUCGAAGAACCCUACCGCAAACGCUUCCCGCGGAAUCCCAUCAUCACCGCUGUGACCAUUGUCAGUGCCGAGCAGAUUAAGCAGGGGACCAUUAGGCAGAACAGAUGGACUAGGAUCAGCCUGGGCCCAUAUGGAAACGGCCUUCAAGGAGAAACUAGCACGAGCCCCGAGUCGAGGCAGCUGGUUGAGCUGGGUCACGCUCGCAUGACCCAGCUUUCCAAGUGGUGGACGGAACUGGGCGGCAUCAAGGACGUUGAGACGCACACAGAAAUCGAGCUUCAGACGAUUCGCUGGCAUAAACUGUGUAUCAAUGCCGCCUUCAAUCCUACCGCCGUGGUAUCAGGAGGCCGGGGUAAUGCAGACCAACUCAAGGAUCCCGAGUUGAGACAGCAUAUUCUCGGCGUCAUGAACGAAAUCAGGGAUGCUGCUCCCAAAGUCCUCGGGAAGCCAUUUUCGGACGACCUGGCCACGCCCGAGAAGAUUAUUCGAAGCACUGAGCGGAAUACGGGUGCAAAGCCAAGCAUGCUCCUCGACUGGGAGGCUGGUCGGCCCAUGGAGCUCGAGGUCAUUUUGGGCAAUCCGGUACGUAUCGCGAGGAAGGCAGGCGUGGAAAUGCCUAGGCUCCAGAGUCUCUACGCCCUCCUGAAGAGCAUGCAGCAGGUCAGAGACGGUGCAAAGAAAGCAAAGCUGUAG